AACUUGCAUUCCCAAUUUACCGGCCUUCGCCUUUGCCUACAUUUCACGGCGCAAUAGACACUUCCGGACAAAGCCAGCCCCCUUUCUCCUCCUCACUCCUCGGCAUCCCGUAACAUCCUCACCUUAAAUCUCCCCAGAUUCAGAUUCCACAAACAAUAAUCAAAUCAAAUCCCCACAUGUAAUUCGUACUCACUCGUCACACAAAACACUCCAUGCUCAUCAUUUGAGCUCAUUCGUCACGCACCUCUCUCCUCUACACUCUCCCAAGUCUUCUCUGCGUGACGCAAUCCUAUUCUAUUCUCGUACUUGUUGGCGUAAUUCAAGCUCUCAAGGACUCCAAAGUCUUCACCAGUUCAGCAUCUUGCCCUUCACUUUCAAACUCACACGGUAUGUGGUAUGUCAUACUUUUCAUCAGCCAAGCAAAACCAUAUGAAUCCGACAUCGUAGCUUAGAUUCUUCAAGUUCUCUCUGUUUUGGGAAGAACGCAUGUGCUAGAACCAGAUUUGGGCUACUGUAGGAUUCGUUUCAGAUAUAUCCCCAGUUCCUUUAUAUUUGCUGGCUUUCAAGUUUGUAGAAUACUAUGAGAUUCAGAUGCCAACAUGGUUGAGUUCGAGUCAACUUUACUGUUUGUGUUGCAAGAUUCGAUCUUGAACUACACCAAGUAGGACUUACUUUGCAGAAUUCAGUUGGUUUUUGGUGUUAAGUUUGUGUUUUUAAUUCAAGAUGCAAGUGUUGCAAUCUAGGGUUGUGCCGUUGGAGGAAGGCAAGGAUCCGGGAGUUAGUAGUAGCAGGACAAGCCAAACCAAGGCGUUGCCGAUUCGGAUGCUUCAGUUAUUUGUGAUGUUUCUGGCUUUCUGUAUUACUUUCUCAGUUAUUAGUAUGUACACCAUUCGGCAUUUUGGGAUUAGUAAUGUGAUGACUUCAGUCACUUCCUCCAUCCAGCCGUGUUUUGAGGAAUCAACUGGUUUGGAUAGAUGGAUUAAGCCGCCGUCGAAUCUGAUGCAUACCAUGAAUGACAAUGAACUGUUGUGGAGGGCUUCUUUGACGCCUAGGAAAAAGAAGUAUCCUUUUGAAAGGGUUCCCAAGAUUGCAUUCAUGUUCUUGACUAAGGGGCCUAUGCCUCUUGCACCAAUUUGGGAGAGGUUUCUCAAGGGGCAUGAAGGAUUCUAUUCAAUUUAUGUUCAUUCACUGCCAUCAUUUCAACCAAAGUUUCAACCUUCUUCAGUGUUUUAUCGGAGGCAUAUUCCCAGCCAGGUUGCUGAAUGGGGAAGGAUGAGUAUGUGUGAGGCAGAGAGGAGACUUCUUGCUAAUGCAUUGCUUGACAUAUCCAACGAAUGGUUCAUUCUUCUUUCAGAGUCAUGCAUUCCUCUCUAUAACUUCACUGUUGCGUAUGAGUACAUGAGGAAGUCUAAGUACAGCUACAUAGGUGCUUUUGAUGACCCCGGCCCGUUUGGCAGAGGACGCUACAACGAUAACAUGGCUCCUGAAGUCAAUAUUACCCAGUGGCGUAAGGGAUCCCAGUGGUUUGAAGUUAACCGGAAGCUUGCCAUCGCCAUAGUUGAAGAUACAACAUUUUACCCAAAAUUCAAAGAGUUCUGCAGACCAGCAUGUUAUGUCGAUGAACACUACUUCCCCACCAUGCUAACCAUUCAAGCAGGAAAUAUGAUAGCAAAUAGAAGCAUCACUUGGGUGGAUUGGUCAAGGGGCGGACCUCACCCAGCUACCUUCGGCAAUGGAGAUAUCACUGAGGAGUUCAUGAAGCGGAUGCUCUCGAGUCAUCGUUGCACCUACAACAGCCGGAACUCUACAAUGUGCUUUCUCUUUGCCAGAAAAUUUGCUCCAAGUGCCCUGGAACCUCUCUUACAUUUAGCACCAAAGUUUUUGGGCUUCUAACCAAUACAGAGCCAGAAUCAUCAUCUCCAACCCAGUGUUGAACAAGCUCACACCCAAAAAAAAAUCAACCCCCUGCUGUGAGAUUUAUUAGUUGGGUUUCACUUUCCUACGCAUAUAUAUAUAUAUAUACCUGUGGAUUCCACUGUCCACCCCAAAUGAC